GCUCUCCUGCUAGUCCUUCCUUCAACAGCUUUCUCUCCUCUCUACUCACCAUCUAUCGCCAUGUACAAUCCCCUCGGCUCCCCGCGCGACCGCGAGGCGCUUCCCAAAACGAACGGCCAGAAUGCUCAGGGAGCGAUGGCGUCACGCACUCCAUGGCUGACGCGCCGCUACACCAAGCUCCUCGCCGCGGUGCUCGUCCUGCUCGUCGGCGUCCCGCUCGUGUUCAGGUUUCACGGCACCACCCAUUGGCGGCCCCUCGCGGCCCCUCACGCACCAGAGCCUGAAGCCGAGCGCGUGCACGAGACACCGCCGCUCUACGGGCGGUUCCACGAGUAUGAGAUGCAGACGUCGCGCCAGACUGCAGAUCCUCCAGACACCAAGUACAUCUUCUUCGCGAACCAUGCUCAUACAUGUGGCUGGGGGAAUGUGAUGCAGGAGCUGCUGCUGCACUCGUACCUCGCGCACCGUCUCGGCAGAACAUUCGUGUACUACAACUACACAUGGGGCCGUGAUGGCCCAGACAUCGCGUCGUACAACGGAAUUCCUAUCCCUUCGAGGAUCCCGCUGACCGCGCUUUUGCAAGGCCCAGUCACCGGCGCACCUUCCAUUACCGAUCCGUACGCUCCUCGGCCGAUGGCCAUCUCUGAGGACUAUUAUGCGGAGAUCUGCCCGCCCGAAAAGCGGAGGCUGAUCGACAGUGGCCCCAUCGACAAGUCACUGGGAGUCAGCACCGUCGCCACGAUCGCAGAGAAGUGGAUCGAGAUCUUCAGCACUAUAGACGACAAGUGUGUCGAGGUGCCGAGGGAUGCAUACCCAGUUUUCGAUAUCUUCAUCUUUGGCUCUGCCGAGCGCCUGCUUGACGCCUGGCCAUCCCUCUCGCGCUCGCCGACUCUGCAAGAGUUCGGUUGGUCACCGCUCAUCGAGCUGGCCUUUGACACGAACCGCGAGCUCAUCGCGCCCUCGCAUAUCUUCGAGCCUGCGCUGCUCUCGACGCCGCUCCGUGUUCCCGCGCCCGCUGCUUACUCCUUCGACGUAGACAGUGCGAGCAGCGUUCACACCGCGCAGGUGACGCCGAGCGGCGCUCGGUACACGCCGGUGCCCGGGCUUCUCGCGAUGCAUAUCCGGCGCGGCGACUUUGCGGAACACUGCGUGAACCUCGGCAAGUGGGGUGCGGCGUACAGCGGGUUCAACUCGUUCCCUGCGCUGCCGGACAAGUUCCCCGUGCCGUCGCAUCUGCCCGAGGACGAACGCGUAGAGGCGUUCCGGCCACAUUGCUAUCCGGACAUUGACGAGAUCGUGCGCCGCGCGGAGGAGGUCGCGUUGGAGGAGGAGGUGAAGGGAAGGCAAAGGCUGAGAGAUGUGUAUAUUAUGACGAAUGGCCCAGCGGAAUGGGUCGCGGAGCUGAAGGAACGGCUGGUGCAAAAGGGGAAUGGGCGCUGGAGGAUGGUGACGAGUAGUAGAGAUUUGAUGCUCAAUUGGGAGCAGAGGUAUGUGAAGCAGGCGGUGGAUAUGUUGAUUGGGCAGCGCGCGCAGGUCUUCGUAGGGAACGCGUUCUCGAGCUUGACCGGUAUCAUCAACAUGGCGCGUAUGGCGAGCGGUGUCCCACCAGAACAAAGCCGGCUCCUCUGAGCCUGACGUCCGAGCGACCACCUAUGUCUCUUCACAUCAGUAAUGCUAACGUGUUCUUGUAAAUUAUCGCGGCCCUUGGUUCCGUAUCCGUCCUACAUUCGCCUUA